CGGGCAGUCAGUCUCGUGCAGACAGCACAGCGCCGCGCGAGUGCGCCCGUCGGCCCCGAGUCCGCCCCGCAGCCGCUAGCGUGGACAGCAAGAGCAGACAGUCCGCCCACGCACGCCCGCACGCACUCCUUGGCCGCCGGCCGUGGCCAUGUGACCUGCGACCUGAGCAGCCCGCCCACCAUGCCGGGUCUGGUGGUCUUCAGGCGCCGAUGGAGCGUCGGCAGCGACGACCUCGUCGUGCCCGGGAUCUUUCUCUUCCUGCUGCACACCAUCUGGGCCGUGGUGGUGGUCGUGCUCUUCACCAGCCAGUCGCUAUGGCGCCCGGAGGCAUGCGUCGCCCUGCUGCGGGUGCACCUCGGCCUCUACAUGGGGCUCCUGGGGGUCGCCAUGGCCCUCGAGAUGGGCAUCGCCGUGGUGGCAAUGAGGGGCUCCAUCCUUGACACCGAGCCCCGGGCGCCAAUGCAGUAUUUGCUGUACACAAGAAUUGGGGUGAUGGGUUUGGAGCUGGUCUGGCUGGCGCUGGGGGUGGUUUGGCUGGUCUACCACUAUGGCGACUGCCCCAUCGACUCCUCCAGAGAGGCUGUUCUAGGUUUAAUUGUGGGCAACGGCUGCGUCCUGGCCAGCAUUGCCGUCACCAUUUGGUGCACCUUCGACGCUGCCGGCCGCUCGUGGGUCAAAAUGAAGAAGUACCAAAGAAGCAUGAAAGAGGCUGAAUCAAAGUUCCAAUACCGCAGAUCAGGAAGCAGACAACGAAACUGGAGACAGAGGAAAGUCUUGCGCGCCUACCAAGACAGCUGGGAUCACAGGUGUCGCCUGCUCUUCUGCUGCAUGGGCAACUCGGACAGGAGCCGGAAUUCCUUCUCCGACAUUGCCCGCCUGCUCUCCGACUUUUUCCGCGAUCUCGACGUAGUGCCUAGUGACGUGAUCGCCGGUCUAGUCCUCCUGCGCAAAAUGCAAAAGGCGCAGAGAGAGGCCAUCGUUGCACAGCGAUGUAACGACACAUACGAGUUCCUGUCAGGCGUGCCCGUCACGCCGAGAACCAAGUUCGUGGCUCUGGGCGAGCCCGAGCAGAUGGCCCAAUUCCAAAUGGUCAUACACUACAUGCACUACGCGCUGGGCGCCUAUGGAUGGCCUAUGUACAUGGUCACGCACUCCGCCUGGGGAAUAUGCAAACUGUGCACGAAACUCGAGUGCUCCUGCUUCCCCCGUCUGUGUGGCAAACGCGAGCCUGAGGACAACGCGGUCGUGUUUGAGGACAACUGCUGCCAGUGCAACGUGGCCGCCCUCAGGGAGCAGGUGGAGCGUGGUGAAGUGGAGGUCGUGUACGCCACCUACCAUGUCGACGUCGGCCAGACGCCGUUCUUCCUCGCAGUCGACUACACGCGGCGCAAGGUGGUGCUCAGCAUCAGGGGCACCCUGUCGAUGAAAGAUGUGAUAACUGAUCUAAACGCCGAGGGAGAGCCGCUGCCUCUGCAUCCUCCUAAAGAAGACUGGUUAGGUCAUAAGGGUAUGGUUCAAGCUGCCGCCUACAUAAGAGACAAGAUACACGAAGAUGGCAUUUUGGCCCGCGCAUUCAGUCGGGACCCGGCGAGGGGCACCCACGAAUUCGGCCUUGUCCUCGUGGGCCACUCCCUGGGCGCCGGGACAGCAGCCAUUUUGGCCAUUCUACUCAGGCCGGAGCACCCUGAUCUCAGGUGCUACGCCUACUCCCCUCCUGGGGGCCUUUUAAGUAUGCCUGCCGUUCAGUAUUCGCAAGAGUUCACGAUCUCCAUUGUGGUCGGCAAGGAUGUAGUGCCGAGAAUAGGACUGCACCAGAUGGAGUCCCUCAGGGCGGAUCUCAUUAACGCGAUUAAGCGUAGCAAAGACCCAAAGUGGAAGACAAUAGCCGGCGGGAUGGUUUGUUGUUGUUCGCCACAACAAGCCGAAGCUGAAGACAAAGUCAGCAACUCUGGCGCUGAAGGCGGCUCCGAAGCAGUCGUGGUGAGCGAGGCUGAGAGAGAUGCGGCGCGAGAGGUGAUUACUCACCCGACAGACAAUUCCAUCGCUCUCACCGUUCACCAGCCUCUCUACCCUCCAGGGAAAAUCCUUCACGUCGUUAGGCACCAUCCGACCAAAGGAGAGCAAAAAUAUGAGAAAAAGUGGAGACAAGUUCUGCGCAAAAAUGAGCCAGUGUACCAGGCACUGUGGGUGGACAACAUGGAUUUCGACGAAGUUCUGAUCUCUCCAGUGAUGAUCCAGGACCACAUGCCCGACAAGGUGUUGGAGGCCCUGGAAAAGGUUGUGACCCACAUCGGGCCAGCAAAGCCAAGACGGCACUCGAUGACUCCGUCGGAUAAAGCGCCCACCGAGUGCUCGUCGAAGACGCUGAUGAUCAACAGCGAGUUUUCUGAGCAGACGCUGCUGCUGCAGAACACGCCUGCAUCGCCCAAGUCGCUGACGCCGCCGUACAAACUGUGCCUUGAGACGAGCUUUACCUCGCUGAACCCGUCGCACCGCUCGUCAGCAUCGAGCAACAGCGUCACCCCCAUCGUCACCCCGUUCACCCUGCACCCUACAUUACCCUGGGAGUACACGUCCAUGCUCGAGGAGCAGCUGCAGACGAUGGCCAGCCGAUCCACAGUCUCCUCCACUAUUGAUAAAAAGAGAAUUGAUCUGAUUCACGAUGACUGGUUCGGCUUGGCGCCGCUCGCGACGCCGGAGUCAUUGAGCGAGGUGUCCAGCAUCAGCUCGCGGACAGGCAGCCUGCUGCACGGCAUCGCGCAGCACUACCCGAUGCUCUUCUCGCCUCGGCUAGGCAAAAAGGUCGGGCCCGUGGUGUACAAGCCGCAGUGCCUGAGCAACCCGGUGAGCAAGUGCACGCCGACGCCGAGCCCGGCGCCGCUGACCGAGAACAACAACCAACUGGAGCUGGCGUCGUCGCUGAACGACUCGACCGAGCUGAGUUUCGGCUCGGCGUGCAGCACGCCGACGCACCCGCCGAUGCCUGCCACGAGCAUCAACAACAACAUCAUCGUGGACGUGCACAACAACGACGGCCGGCAGCUGAAGCAGACGCUGCUCAGCAGCAAUUCGCCGAAGCAAGUGACCUUCAACCUGGUGGAGGCGCCGCCGGGCACCACCAACGGUGGCUCGGCCUCACCUGGCAGCACCCUCUCGGCGCAUUUGUUCUUCGCCGGCUCCGUCGGCGAGUCCCCUGAGGACGAGGAUAGUGGCUUCGGACAGGUGAGCCGGACAAUGCGUGGCUACAGACAGAUGCGGUUACUGGCGCCGAGUCCUGCCGUGCGCAAGGCAAACUCGGACGAAGAAAGUGGCGUUCCAAGCACGGACGACGUGUCGCCGCUGCCGCUGUUGACGCCGCUCGACGCCGAGUCGCCUAACGCCGCACUCCUCUCCAAGGUGGUCAAAGGCGAGAGCAGCGUCUGACUGAUUUUUGUGCUUUUUUAUUCUACUCUGCUCGGUGCCAGCAAAUUUGGAGCGUUUUGUCGUGCAAACUCACCACAUGAUGACACCACGGCUUCUGCAAAGAGUCUCGAUUUUACUAAUUUUGCUACAAGUUUGUCAGCAUUUUUCCGGUGGAAUUGAAUGUGUUCAAGUAACACCAAGGUAAAAGAUAUAUAGCUCCAGAUUUGCUUUUUGAUACAGCGUAUUGUCGCCGGCCAGUAAACAGCUAAAUCGCUAUUUUCGUGAAUUGUCAGUGUUCAAAGUCUCGUCAGAAAAUGACGCCACCAUCCAUUUGUUAAUUCACAAAUUCAGUUUGAAGGUGCCAACAGAUGGUGCUACUGUUAAUUUAAAAUUUCAAUCCUGCUACUCCGCUUUCUUGGCGUUAAAGAUUUCAUCCUGUAAACCAAAAUCGGUUUAGAUACAACAGCAAGUUUGUCUUGAAAUUUUGUCUUUUUACGAUUCAACCGCGGUUGGCUGAACCAAUUUUGGUUGUGAUCAUAUUUUUAGGCCAUUUAAAGUAGCAUUCUUGAAUUUUUAAUCGCAAUGUAAUUAUCUGAACACUUAAAACAACCGGCGGGACCAUCUGUUGCAGCGUCUCUGAACAAAUAAUUUUGUUCAUCACUGUUAUUUUGAUAAGUUGGAAAGUCAAAGCAAAAGAGAAAAUUAAAUUUUCUUUUAAAAUUAAAACUAUUCAACAUCUAAAAAUCAAAUUCGAAAACUUGCAAAUGGCCAGUAGGGCUUUGAAUAAAAACAACUUACUCAAAUAGCAAAUUGGCUGCCAAGAAGCUUGUAACCAAAGAUACAUUUAUCAAAGAUAUUUAAAUACACAUAUUGGUAUAUAAAAAGGUCAAUAAUGAUUCUAUAUACAUAGUACUUGUCUUUAUGUACGAAAAUUCAGAGCAAAUCUAUAGCCACACAAAGUUGCAAACCUGAAAUUGGGUUCCAGCAUGGAACAAGUUGCAAUCAAUGCACCAAUUUAAGGAGACAGAAAAUGUACUUUCAAACCUGUUUGUUGUAGAGGAGCCUUACCACAAUAUUUAAGGCACGUCAGUAAAUAUUUCGUAACAAAUAUUUUUCUUAAAACAAUUUUCACUAAUGAGCAUUUAAAGGCUUCAAGACAUUGCAUUUUACCUUCACAAGUAUACUACAAAGAAAUUUUAAAUGAAAAUAUUCCGCUGUUUUCCACCAUUAUUUAUUUUUGUGUUCAUGAUUUCAAAAAUGUUAUAAUUUUUGCAAAUUUUAAAGGAUCUCUCCCCUUGGUAAAUUAUGAAAAUAGCUCCGAGACAAUUUUAAAAGAAGUUCUCUGUGUAAAAUGCAUGCGAAAUGAAAUUAUUAGAAUAAUUCAAACUGUACUCCACAGUGAACAACUAUCUCACUCAUACUAUUCGUCUUAAAUUUAUUAGUGAAUUAGGCAACGGAAUUUUAGAACAUUUGUAUUAUAUUAUAAAAUACUCUCAUGAGGUGCUCAUGGCUUGUUAAUGUUGUAAAUUAUAAAUUAUCAUGGAAGUUGCGAUCAAAAAGUUUAUAUAUGCCAGUCAAUCAAACUGAUGAAAGGUGAUUUUCAAAUGAAAAUUAUAUACUUAUCAAAAUCAUGUGCGAGAUGAAUAAAUUGAAUAUAAAAUCUUACCAGGAUUCGUGUUUUUACACAGUGAAAUAAAUGUUGCAGCUUUUUUGUAAUUAAAUUCUAUACGUUUUUUAUUCGUACAAAACGGUGGAUAUUACAAAAAGGUACUAAUCGUAAGUAAAACUGAGGAUCACAUUGUCAUUGAUUGAUUAAGAUGGUUUUCGGCAUAAUGAGAGACGCGCGAAAAAUGAAUAGUUUACAACCCUGUCUAUCCUACUGAUGCUUCUCAAAUAAUGACUUUUCUCUGUUUUAUAUAUAUUCCAGGUGUUUCAAUUUUUUGUGUAAAAUGCUUCUUCGUCCAAAAGUCCGUUUGAUUCUCUCACGAGGAAAAUUUUACUCCAGCAGCAUUUAAAAAUAAAUUACUCGCGGUU